ACACAUACAUCUGGGAUGGCAAUUUAAACCAGUGCUGAGCUGGGAGUGACUGGGAGAGAGGCUCAGCCUUCCAUAGGAGAGAAGAAGAAAGGAACAAUGUUUGGGGCAUAAUGUUCCCCUCCCGGCUGGAGGAAAGUGGGAGCUCAGAAUAAGGACCUACCCCAGGGCAAUAAGGACCCACCCCAGGGCAAUAAGGAUCCUACCCCCCCAGCCAGUCUGCAGGAGAGGGGCAAGCGCUCCCAUUGGGCCAGAAGUAAGGAAACUUGCACAUACAGGGCAGAAGAUGUCGGCUGUGCUGGAGAGGAGAAUGGACAGUCUGCAGAUAGGUACCAACAUGGACCGUUCCUGCACCCCAUCGCCCCCCAACUCCCCCAGCCUACAGAACGAGAGCUGUAACAUCGCCCCUCUCACCCCAUCCCAGUCCCCGAGGAGCGAACACCGGGCAGUGAGGGGAUCUCAGUUCUUUGUGGUUGUUGCUAUUGAUUUUGGAACCACAUCCAGCGGCUACGCCUUCAGCUUUUCUAAAGACCCGGAAGCCAUUCAUAUGAUGAGGAAAUGGGAAGGAGGGGACCCGGGAGUCGCCCACCAGAAAACUCCCACCAGCCUGCUGCUGACCCCCGACAAGGACUUUCACAGCUUUGGAUACACGGCCCGGGACUAUUACCAUGACCUGGACCCAGAAGAAGCCCGGGAUUGGCUGUACUUUGAGAAGUUCAAAAUGAAAAUACACAGUGCCAGUGAUCUGACCAUGAAAACUGAACUAGAGGCCGUGAAUGGGAAGAAAGUCCAAGCGCUGGUGGUGUUCGCUCACGCUCUUCGCUUCUUCAAGGAGCACGCGGUGCAGGAACUGAAAGACCAGUGCCCGGCCCUGAAUGAGAAGGAGGCCAUACGAUGGGUGCUCACUGUGCCCGCCAUAUGGAAGCAGCCGGCCAAGCAGUUCAUGAGAGAGGCUGCCUAUCUGGCUGGUUUGGUGUCUCCAGAAAACCCAGAGCAGCUGUUAAUUGCCCUGGAACCAGAAGCCGCCUCCAUAUAUUGCCGAAAGCUCCGGCUCCACCAGCUCAUCGAUCUCAGCAGCAAGGCAAUAAUCAAUGGCUACCCCUCCGACCGGUCCAUAGACUCCAGCUUCAGGCAGGCGAGAGAGCAGCUCAGACGGUCUCGGCACAGUCGGACUUUCCUGGUGGAGACGGGAAUGGGAGAGCUGUGGUCGGAAAUGCAGGCAGGGGAUCGUUACAUUGUCGCCGACUGCGGGGGGGGCACGGUGGACCUGACCGUCCAUCAGAUUGAGCAGCCCAAGGGGACUCUGAAGGAACUCUACAAAGCUUCCGGGGGUCCAUAUGGAGCCAUUGGGGUGGACCUCGCCUUUGAGAAGAUGCUGUGCAAGAUAUUUGGAGAAGACUUCAUCCAGACCUUCAAAGUUAAACGUCCAGCGGCGUGGGUGGAUUUAACGAUCGCCUUCGAGGCUCGGAAGAGGACAGCAGCCCCGCAGAGAUCCAACCAUCUGAAUAUCUCCUUACCGUUCUCCUUCAUCGACUUCUACAGGAAGAACAAGGGGCAGAAUGUGGAGACUGCCCUGAGAAAGAGCAGUGUCAACUUUGUGAAAUGGUCAUCCCAGGGCAUGCUACGGAUGUCUUCCGAGGCCAUGAACGAACUGUUCCAGCCAACCAUCCGUCAGAUCGUCCAGCACAUAGAUGACCUCAUGAAGAAGCCAGAGGUGGAAGGCAUCAAGUACCUCUUCCUGGUUGGUGGUUUUGCAGAGUCUCCGAUGUUGCAGAGCGCUGUCCAAUCAGCUUUCAGCGAUAUCUGUCGGGUUAUCAUUCCUCAAGACGUUGGCCUUACCAUACUCAAAGGAGCCGUCCUCUUUGGCCUCGAUCCUACCAUUGUCAGAGUAAGGCGUUCUCCUCUCACCUAUGGCGUUGGGGUCCUCAACAAGUUCGUAGAAGGAAAACAUCCAGCGGAUAAACUCCUUGUGAAAGAAGGGAAGAAUUGGUGCACGGAUAUCUUUGAUAAGUUUGUGUCCGUGGAUCAGUCGGUGGCUCUAGGCGACAUAGUCCAGCGGAGCUACUGCCCGGCCAGGAAUGGGCAGCGCAAAAUAAUCAUCAAUAUCUACUGCUCCUCUACGGAUGAGGUGGUGUACAUCACCGACCCUGGCGUCAGGAAGUGCGGCACCAUUAACCUGGACUUGCCUGAUAUAAACGAGGAGAAUGGGAAGACGGGGCGCCGGGAGAUUAAAGCCAGCAUGCAGUUUGGGGACACGGAAAUCAAAGUAACGGCCAUGGAUGUCAAAAGCAAAAAGACUGUGCGAGCCGCCAUAGACUUCCUUUCCAACUGAGCAAAGACUUAUUCCUUUAGUUCUAGAGAACUUGCAGAAGUCAUUAAGGACAACCAUUGGUGGUUAAAGCCAAGUCUCUGCUGAGGUCUUUGCAUUCCAUUUCAUGAUAAACCUGGAAUAACUUACCUGUGGGCAAUAUCAUUGGCCACUGAGACGUUUCCCAUUAUGUAGAAUGGAAGCCUCGGUGGUGAGCCACUAUUUUAGCUACCAGUACCAAGUCAGAACCACUUAAAAUGUGUUAUUCAACGGAUCAGUCCUUCCAGUCAUUCAGCCCUGUCAAAAAUGUAUGAAGUUCUAGCUGAUGUUUGGUGGCCGUAAAAGACUUUUUUCAAAGACAACUUUUAAUAUUUGCCCCUACAUUAUGACCAACAUGAUGACAUUGCAUUGGAAUCUAAGCG